UUUGGUGCAUUUAUCACGUUCUUACAUUCUCUUGUUUUAUUUAUAUAUAUUUUUCGGUUCAGACUGAGAAUGACCGUAGCUGGCGGUAUCUCGUCUUGUGCGCGUUCCUAAAUUUAGGACGCAAUUCUCGGGAUUGAAGGUUUAUUUUGGUUCGGAUUAAAAGCCCUGGCUUUCUUUGAUUUCUUAUAUGUUAUGAAUUUAUACGUUUGUUUGUUUAAUUUCUGGUAGUUCUUUGUUGCUGUUUUCGAUUUCCGUUCUACAGAGUGGCUGCUCUAUGAUAGCUUUAGAUUUAACUGCUUUGUUCAAGCUUGAAGAUUGAAUUUGUUUUUAAUUUCCUACUUUUCUGAGAUAGGAUUGUAUUAAUUCGAUAAGAUAUAUAGCUGUUGUGUGUUGUGAGGAUUUUGUGUUGAUUGGAGAUGGAGAAGAAGUUGGGGCGUAGUGAAGAGGAAAAGGGUAUGCCGGAGAGAGUAUCCGGCAAUGAAAUGGCCGAAUCUGUUGUGAAAUCCAACGUCGUGCUGGCGAAACCCUGUCCAAAGAUUUUCGGGCAAGAUUUGAGCAUGAGCAUAUCUCCAAAUCUGGAAGAUGGUUCCAUGUUUUCUUCGGAAUCACAUGACUUGCAAUCGACAGGUGGGAGCAGAGAAAAAGGCAAUUCACCAAAUGGGCACCGAGCUAAGGAGGAUUCCGUGGCAUUCGACAUACAAAAGCCCCGAAAACGGGGAAGAAAGCCGGCCAAUGGGAGGGAGGAGCCACUGAACCACGUGGAAGCCGAGAGGCAGAGACGGGAGAAGCUGAACCAGCGAUUCUAUGCAUUGAGGGCUGUGGUUCCGAAUAUCUCAAAGAUGGACAAAGCAUCUCUGCUAGGCGACGCCAUCGCCUACAUCAAUGAUCUUCAGGUGAAAAUAAGAAACUUGGAAGCAGAAAAAGUGGGUGCUGCUGCUGCUGCUCCACUGGAUAUCGACGUUCAUGAAAGGGUCGAAGAUGCAGUUGUUAGAGUGAGCUGCCCGUUGGAGUCUCACCCGGUGCACGGAGUUGUGAAGGCAUUGAGGGAUCAGCAAGUGACUGCUCAAGAAUCUACUGUCGCGAUAACUGAUGCCGGCGAAGUUGUUCAUACUUUUUGCAUUGGAACUGAUGGUGGCGAUGCCGAGAAUUUAAAACAACGCUUGGCUGCUGCUCUGUCCAAAUGACUUAUCGGUAAUAUGACUACUAAUCAUAUGGUGUUGUAGCGCGUUUUCUUGUAACGAGUCGUGGAAGUUAUGAGUAGACUUGUAAGGGGAUUUGCUUCUUUUGUCGAUUUGUGCUGUUCUUGUUCGAGAAAUUAUAUACAAGAUGAUACACACAUCUUUUUUUA